AUGCAUUCGAAGAAAGUUCUCAUUAUCCUCAGCGACGCACACUCGUUUCCUUUAAAGAGGAACAGUGGACACGAUGCUGGCAAGGUUGUCGAUCAGCCCUCAGGAUUUUUCCUGCAAGAACUCGCAAAGCCAUUGAACAAAAUACUCAACGCAGGCCACGAGGUGACAUUUGCCUCACCUAAAGGCCACGAGCCCGCCCCAGACCCAAGCAGCGAAUCACUUAUCGCAAAUGCCGGAAAUUUCUACGAACGUCAGCGUGAAAAUAAUCUUAUCGAACGCAUGAAGCGCGAGAACGGAUUCAGCAGUCCACGUCCAUUCAGCACUAUCAGCGACGGUGAGUUGACCACCUUUGCGGCUGUCUUUAUCCCGGGUGGACAUGCACCGCUUCAUGAUCUCGGAGGGGAUGCUGAACUGGGGCGAAUUCUGCGUUAUUUCCAUCGGGAGAACAAGCCCACAGCUGUAAUCUGCCAUGGACCCUACGCACUAUUGAGUACAAGGAAGGCAGGAGAUGGGUCAUUUGUUUAUAAUGGGUACAAGAUGACGUCGUGGAGCGAUGCGGAAGAGAAUCUGAUGGAGACAUUGUGGGGUGGGGAGGCCGAGAAAGUUGAGUCGACUUUGAGAAAUGAGGGUGCGGUGAUGGUUGAGGGUGUACGUGAAAAGACUGGCGGUACCACUUUGCAUCGGGAGCUGGUAUCUGCUGGUAAUCCUUUGGCGGCAAAUGCCCUUGGUGAUCGGUUUCCUCGAGGCAUGGGCCCACCCGAUGGACGCGGAAGCAUAUCACUCAAGCAGGAAGGCCUUGAUAAUGGGGAUACCAUGAACCCAUUUGUGAACGACCCUGGCAAGAGCAAAAAGGGCGAGGGUGAGACAGACUCUGUGAAAGUCAAAGGUACCGUUAGAACGGAUCGCCCCCAGGUGUGA